AUGAAGCAUUCACGAUUCAAGACCGAACCAACCUACAUGGCCUGCGUCAGGUGGGCGGCCUGGCACGGCUGCGAGGUGGAAGGAGCGCUGCAGAUGACCAGGCAGAGACGCAUCGAGACCUACGCUGAGGGCGACGGCGAGCCCUGCGAUGCGCCCCUCACGGAGACCGCGGGCUGCGCGGACCGCGACAGCCUCCAGUGGUACCCUGGCCUCAGCUAUUCUCAGCUACGCUGCGGUGCUUCUUCAUGCAAGAGCCUCCGGCUCAGCCCGCCGCGUAACCUUGCGGAUGGCAGGUGGGAGGUCCAACCAGGGCCCCCAGACUCGACACCACAAGAAGCACAAGAGAGGACUGAGGGAUCGCUGAGGAAGGUUACUCCCGAGGAGUGCCUCUUCCCAGGUGCAAAGGGUGACCGUGGCUCAGAGUCAGAGACAGGUUUGCCUGAAGCCAACGAUGGUGGUGGGGACUGGGGACCCUGUUGA